GGCUAGGCUGCCUUGACGUAUUUUGGGCACUCGAGACUUGUUGUUUGCAUCAUCCUCUGAUUCCAACACCGUCAACUUUCUAUAAGAUCUAUCAUCACAAGCAUAGAUACUAAUAUCAACUUCAACACUGCGUUUUAACUGCCCAACAUGGACGAGCCUGACGGAGCAUUACAGGCUCGAACAACGGAUGAGGAUGCUUCGCUGUUCAACAUGCUGCCAAGGUAUGAUGAUGGCUAUGAUUGGAUGUCGGAUCCUGAAGGCCGUCUGCUCCAAGUCUCGAAUGACCAUCAAUCUAUUGAUGCGCCUUAUUCACCUGAAUAUGAAAUUGAGCCCGGCUUAAGCCCAGACAGCAGUCUCCAAGGGGCCAAUUUCCCGACGCCUACGUCAAUAGGUCAGGACUUUGUCAUGCCUGCCACUCCGUCAGAGAAUGCUUUUGAACAAAGCAGCGGCAUGUCGUCUUUCAACAAUCUCAACUCCGUGGUAUAGGUGGGGAGUCAGCCAUAUGAGACUGGCCUCUAUCCCCAUACCCUUGGGUCGGCUGAGCCUUAUGCGGGAUUGUUGGAAGAUGACGAUUUCUUGAGACGUGAAGUGGCGUGUUCUUUGACGUUGAACAACUAUCAGAAAAACGAAACAGAAAAUUAUUUACAAAACUAUACAACAUACUUUAUUCAAGACAGCAUGGAUACUCAAAAUACAUUUCCAGCAACUUAUGCUGAAGAAAACAACAGAAACAACAUCGUCAAUGACACCGAAAUGAGCAAUGUCGUUGAUGGAGGGGGAGUGGGCACUGGCCUGGCUCCAUUCGAUCAUAUCAACCCGAAUUAUGUCUUUGACUUUGGGGGGAUGGUCAUUGACCCGACACUUUCCAAUGAUAUCGGCUUAGCUGAUGACUUGAAUGACGGAGAAAUGGGCAUUGGCUCAGUUUCCUUGGACAAUGAGGUAUUUGCUGGCGGUACAGAAGAUUCCGGUACAGAAGAUUCUCCUGCUACCAGUGUAACCAAACAUCGUUACUCCGAGGUGGAUAACGACGGGCGUCGCGAACCUGGCAAGAUGUGGUGCUGCGAUCGGUGGUACUCAACCAAAGGAGGUUUUCAGAAACAUUUAGACACGGGCAACCCAACAUUGCCGUGCGAGGCGAAACCUGUUCCUUGUAGCAGCAAACUGUUCUCAACCGAUCCCGAAUUAAAGAGGCAUUAUCGGACUGCACAUAAAGGUUGGGCUCGUGCAAAUGGCCUUUCCGACUUGAGCUGUUCUUGCGUGGCCUGUGGGAAAACUUUCACCAGACCUGAUAAUCGAAAUAAACAUUGGAAACGGUUUAAAAGAUGCCGCGAAAAGAUCGAACAGAUGAAGGACACCUAGCAGAACCCCCCUCCCCGGAAUAAUUGCAGUCUUUUUUUUUUUUUUUUUUCCUUUUUUUUCUUUUCUUCUAUGAGCAGGAAAGGUAGCAGACAAAUGCAGAUGUGUGUUGGAGCUUGCAACUUUCACUAAGCCGGAUGUUCAAGUAAAAAUGAAGCGGCAGAUGAAAAUGGACAAACCAAAAAAAAAAAAUUAUAAACCUAUGCAAAAAAACUAAAACUAAAAAUCAAAAUCAAAACUUGUUCUCUUAGCAAAUAAUAACUGGUCUUUCUUCUG